GCCAGGCAGCGGCCGCUUGGGCGGUACCAGCGCGCCGCUCUCCGCCUUCAUCGUUGUCGGUCCGCGCGGGCGAGUAAGUCUGUGAGCGGGAGUGGCGGCGGAGGCGCCGGGAUCCGUGGUGGCGGCGGCGCUGCUGCUGGGCGGGCGGGGGCCUCAGGAAGGUCCACCCAUCACCAUGACCUUGCCAAGGUAGUUGGGAGCAGCCUUGCAAUGACAUGGGGCAGCUCCCUCAGCACUCGUGGAUGUGGCUCAUCGUGUCCCAUGGAUGUGUGUAUGCUGAGUCUGUGUAAAUGUUCCCUAACCUGAUCCUCCUCCACCAAGGGCUAAAGGUUUUGGAACAGAUGUUGGAAGAUGUUAGCUGUGGAUACAGGGGUUGUGGAGGAGUGGUUAUCAGAGUUCAAGACACUGCCAGAAGCAUCCAUAUCCAGUUAUGCUACAAACUUGAAAGACAAGAGUGCUCUGGUUUCAUCUCUUUACAAAGUAAUUCAGGAGCCACAAAGUGAACUUCUGGAGCCAGUUUGCCAUCAGCUCUUUGAAUUCUAUCGCAGUGGUGAGGAACAACUACUACGGUUUACGUUGCAGUUUCUACCAGAAUUGAUGUGGUGCUAUCUUGCUGUCUCAGCCAGCAGAGACUUGCAGAGCAGUGGUUGCAUAGAGGCUCUUCUCCUAGGAGUUUACAACUUGGAGAUAGUUGACAAGCAGGGUCAUAGCAAAGUGCUGAGUUUUACAAUUCCGUCUCUGUCCAAACCUUCGGUCUAUCAUGAACCCUCCAGUAUUGGCUCCAUGGCUCUCACUGAAGGAGCUUUAUCCCAGCAUGGUUUGUCCAGAGUUGUAUACAGUGGACCUCAUCCUCAGAGGGAGAUGUUAACAGCACAGAACAGGUUUGAAGUACUGACAUUCCUUCUGCUCUGUUACAAUGCUGCCUUAAGCUACAUGCCUGCAGUUUCUCUUCAGUCAUUGUGUCAAAUUUGUUCAAGAAUUUGUGUCUGUGGAUAUCCUCGCCAGCAAGUGAGGAAGUACAAGGGAGUAAAUAGCAGGAUUCCCGUUUCUUCUGAAUUUAUGGUGCAAAUGCUAACAGGGAUUUAUUAUGCCUUUUAUAAUGGAGAGUGGGAUCUGGCUCGUAAAGCUAUGGAUGACAUUUUGUAUAGAGCACAGCUGGAACUGUAUCCAGAACCUCUGCUGGUUGCUAAUGCAAUAAAAGCUUCACUGCCUCAGGGUGCCAUGAAAUCUAGUAAAGAAGGUACAAGAUGCAUUCAGGUUGAAAUUACACCUACUUCAUCUAGAAUAUCAAGAAAUGCUGUGACUAGCAUGUCUAUCCGAGGGCAUAGAUGGAAAAGACAUGGUAAUACUGAUUUAACAAUUCAAGAAGAACUGAUAGAAGUAUCUGAAACUGAUGAAGGAUUUUACUCUAGGGCUUCUUCUAGCACAAGUCAGUCUACCUUAUCGAACAGCAACAACACCAGCAGCAAGAGCCUUUUAGGGAAGAGCCAACGAAGAUCUGGAGGAAGCAAAGCUGGAGGAAAAGAAAAAGAAGGGGAAACCUGCAGAGAACACUUGUCACGAAAACAAACUCAGAGAGCCAUGAGUGAGAACCUAGAGCUGGUCUCUUUGAAGAGACUGACACUGACGACUAGCCAAUCCCUGCCUAAACCUGGCAGCCAUAGUUUGGCCAGAACUACCACGACUGUUUUUAGUAAAUCCUUUGAACAGGUCAGUGGCGUCACAGUUCCAAAUAACCGUGGUGGUGUAUCUGGUACAGGGGCAAACAGGUUCUCAGCUUGUAGUCUUCAGGAGGAAAAACUGAUAUAUGGAGCAGAAAGAACAGAUCUUCCUAUUUCAAGUAAACAACCCAAUCAGCAGCGACCUCCUAGUAUCAGUAUAACUUUAUCAACAGAUUGACCUUGUUGAAUGGCCAGUAUGAAAAAUAAAUCUGAGGGUUUUAUGCUGAUGUGGGUACCAUCCAUUAAGCUCCCUAAUAUGCUAUAUAUUACCACCUUAAACCUGAAGCCCAUUAAUUCUUAUAUUUGACUCCCAUUUGACAGUAAGAAUGAGUAGAUGCAAUUAUAAUUAUUUUGCAUCAGCUUCUAAUAGCUUGGAAAGUAUUUCUUUGACUUCUUACUAUAUUUAUACCCCCUGAUUGUUUACAGCUUCAUGUAACAGCAAUUUAACAAGGUUAAUUUGGUCAAUUGCUUGUUUAGCCAUUGACCAAGAUGUGUGGCUUUCUACAAAUGCACAGUAUGGGAACAAAUAGAUCCCCUUUGUGAGAUUUUACUCUUCACUGCCAGCUGGCAUAAGCAAAACUGCAGAGGUUAUUUAGUGGUGUGGGCAUAAAAUUUUGGAACAGCAUUGUAACAACAUAACACUUUCUUGUGUUAGUCAUAAGAAAGCUGCAUUUACAUGUAAGGUUAAAACUAGAAGCAUCAGUUCAGUGUUUGUUAUGGCAGCUUUUGUAACAGUAGUUAGUACACAUGGCAAUACUCAUACUUUUGUAUAUCUAUGACUCUGCAUUACAGAUGCAUUAUAGUUUGUAUAUAUACCUUCAAAACUGGGCCAAAAGUCAUACAGUAGCAGUAUUUGUGGGUGGAAGUUCUUAUGGAUUGCUCUAGUAGUCGCUUGUCAGACUACCAAUAGUCUGACAGUCUCUAUUUCUUUCAGAUUCUUAAAUAUUGGGCACAAAGCUGCUUAGUGAAGAGUCACUGUUAUCAAUAUUUCUAUUUAUGGUGAAAAAAUGUGCUUGUGUAAUGGUAUCAUGUAGAAAAUAAGGUAUGAACCCUUUACAGUGAGUGAAGCAAACUGGGACCAUGAAUGUGUUUAACAUGAACUUGUUACUUCAGACUAAGAGAAUACUACUAAAGGAUGUGUACUUCUAAUAACUUGCAAGCACAAAGGGAAAUUAUAAUGUAACUAUAAUGAGCAUUAUAAUUGCUAAUCUCUUAUACCUAUUGUUUUUCUAAUUUGAAAUUCUAAAAUAGAAGCCUGUUUAAGGUUACUUAACUUCAAACCUUCAUGUAGUCUGAUGACCUCGUUUGUUACGAACUUCUGUAACCUUGAGAUUGUAACUGAAAAUCAGCAUUAAAACUGCUUAUGCCGAAAUUUGGAAAAGCAACAGCUGACAAAAGCACUUCAGUGGCAGUGACUAUCUGACAAACAGACCAUAUAUUAUGAGUGGAGAAACAGGAUGAAGAUGUAAUGCAUGUUCAUUCUGAAGUGACCAGAUUUCCACAGGUAGCAAUCCCUUAUUGUGAAGAAUAUAAGAAGGGCUUGUAACAGAACAAACAGUAAAAUUUUAGUAGGCUUUCUUAUUUCCUGGGGGUAAGUUUAGGUAUUCCUUUUUUAUUUAAACUGAAGCACAAAUAACUUAAGCAGCUCAUGUUAUGCUAGCGGCUUGUAGCUUCUUGAAAUAAUUAAUGAAAAGUGAUGAGAAGGUCUAAUUGAUGGUGGUAGACAAGUUGUUACUGAAAAUAGACUAAUACAAAUGGUUUUUGGAGCACGUGCAGCCACAGGCAAUGGAAGAGUUUCAGGCAGCUAGUAGCAGACAUUGCCUAGUACUACACAUUUCUGAAUGUAGAUCUUUCCUUAAGAUUUGUUUUAGAUGUUAUGAGGGAAUAACCUGCAGAACUUAAAACUGCCUCCUGAUCUGCUCUUGCAGUAAAGUAUUUAAGAACACUUUGAAAUACUUUACAGUAACUUAUAUUGAAAGAAAUUAGAAGAAAAAAUAAAAUUACAGCUGACGUGUUUGUGACAGUAUUAAUCAUGAGCUAGUGUUAAGGAACUGUUAUUUCUGAGUAGUUUUACUGGGUUUUUUAGAUCACGAUUAUCUCCACAGUAGACACUUUCAGAUUGGGCAUUCAUAUAAAAGAUGUUUAUUAUAUUUGGAAGAUCUAGCCACUUUAGCUAUAAAUCAUUAGCUUUCUGAAGCAUCUAAAAUGCCAUAAAAUACAGAGAUGUAACAUAAUGUUUAUAAUGCUGUUGGCUUUGAGUCAGACAGUGUUAAAGUACAGUUAGCUUACCCUUUUAUUUUAUACAGCUAAUCAUUCUAAUCUUGGUCUGAUUUGAAUCCAAAAUGAUAGCUCACACUGUACAGCGGAAAUUACAUGAGGCUUCAUACCUUUUAAUAAAAUGAUAAAAGGAAAGUUUCUUGGUACUAAAGGGCUGCUGCUUCUGUACAUGUGUGGCUUCAUGUAAAUAUGUGUGCAUUAAUCUCUGGAUCAACUUAUACAACGAGUGUGUUUUUUAUGAACUGACAUCUUGUGUUGAAACUGAUUGAAUCCCAAGAAUUUCUUUUUUUACUGAUGUAAGUAAUGAACUUUCAAAUGUACUUCCUUCUUUUCUUUAGAAAAGAAAAAAAGGGGGGGAGGAGGCAGGAGGAGAGGGAGGUCAGAAUUCCUUAUUUUGUCCAAAUACCCAUCGAGUUCCAGAAGAUGAGUGGUGCACUGUUUCUAGUGUAGGACUGGAGUGGAGGUGGGAAGGGAAGCAGUGGUAAUAAUUCUUUCCUGCUACUUAUAAAAUUGUGAAGCUCGUGGUUUUUGAGCAUUAUCUGAUCAUUUUAGACUGAUUAAUGAAAAGGGUAUAUUAGGUAGGAGCCUUUUAAAGGUGUAAGGAAGCUAUCUUAAGACAUUACAUAUUCUGUUCUACCCCAUAGUAGGUAGUUGUGAUAAAUGUGUUCCAAACAUCAUACAUAGUUGCAGCAUUCUUCAGAAAAAAUGUUAAAUAGGAGUGAAUCAUCUCAAAUUAUAGUAAGAGGAGCUGUUUAAUGCUGACAUUUAAAACUGACCUUACUGUUUCAAAUCAAAGGGAGCUGUUUCCAGUGAUGGCUUUGAACAGCACAGUUAGCAAAACUGUAUUGAAAGCUGAGUAGAACUGCUUUUAUUUUGAGGAUCUGUAACACUUGUGCAAAGAGUGUAUGUCUUUUCACCACUUUCUCUGGCGCUGUGGUGGCUUUUCGGGGGUGGGGUGGGGGGGAUGUCCUUCAAUACCUGACAGAUUUGACAGGUACAGAAAUACAUUACUAUUUUAGCCCAAUUUCUCUCUCUCUAAGGAGGUCUCUUCUGACUUCUCUGAGGAUUUUAGAAAUUUCUAACUUAAUUAUCUGGUAUCUUUUGUCAAUGUUUGAGGCUUACAAUGCUAUAUAUAGAUGUGUAAUAUAUUGCCUUUUGUAUUUGUAUAAUCAUACUUCUAAGACAGCUGAAUAGAUGUGUACAUUUCUUAACAUUCACCAAAGCCUCUGAAAAAGCUGCAUCAAUUUGUAGUUGUUAGUCUUCACCUGAGAGUCUGAGUUUAAAUGAGUGUGCCACACUUUCUCAUAUUCUGCAGUUUGUUGUGUGACACUUUCUGUUUUAGUAAUGCAGUAUUUCACUUUUUUACAGAGUAAAACACAUUUUUAAUUGUAAAUGAAAACUUACACUCCUAGUUUAUGAACUACAAACUUGUGUUGUUUCGUGUUUAAUACUCUGGCUGAUGAAAUAAAUUGGAUUUUUUUGAA